UCAAUGGCCAUGGCCGCACGCCCACGCGGCUCGCCGCUCCUCCGCGCCCUCGCCGGCACGAGGGGGCCGCCGCGGGCCCGAUCCAUCCACGAGGGGCCCGACACCAUCGACGAGCUCCUGGACCGCCACCUCUCCAAGAAGUCCCCCGCCCUCGACGACGACGCGGCGGAGGCCCUGGCGCGGCGGCGGCUGACGAGCUCGCGGCGGGAGGCGCUGGGGCUGUACCGGGACAUCCUGCGGGCGACGCGGCUGUUCGAGUGGCCCGACGAGCGCGGCGUGCCGUGGCGCGACACGCUGCGCGCCAACGCGCGCCGCGAGUUCGAGGAGGCCCGCGGCGAGCGCGACCCGGAGGUGGUCGCGCGGCUCCUCAUCGGCGGCCGCGACGCCGUCGACCAGGCCCUGGAGCGCGUCGCCGACGCCUCGCGCCGCAUGGUCCAGGCCGAGGAGGCCAAGCGCCGCGGCGGGGCGUAGAUCCCCCCACACCCCCACCCCGACUCGAUGCGCCCCAUGCUUCCUCUUCUUCUUCAGCUGCUGCUGCUUAUGUUUGUUAAUUUUUGUUGUAAAAUUUACUAUGUACGAAAUGAGGUACUUAUGAAGCAUUUCUUCCUUGUCAUGCCUAGUUCUAUCUUUGCCAAGAAAUGUGACAGGAAAUCAACUUUCAUUUUGCAUUUGAUCCAUGUAUGAUGUAUGUGUGUUAUACAACUAUACACUGAGUUACCAGUAA